ACCGGGGCUUCAAUUCCACUAUCCGGCUCAAAACAAGCAGCGAUUGAGCGCUCCGAUUAAUAUCAUCUCAUAAUUAACCGCCUCUUUCCAACAAAGACAAAUCUAUUCCUUAUCCCCUUUUUUCUCGCCCAUACGUAUACCCUUAUCGACCAAAUAUCGAGCUAAGCCUCUCUCUCUCUCUCUCUCUCUCUUCUAUAUAGAUAUCCGUUUACAGUGAGUAGUACACACACGCUCUCUCUCUAUAUAUACAUACACACCUCCAUCCAGUACGCCAGGGUAUAGAAAGUACCGGAAACUUUAGAGUGGAGUGUAUACAUAUAUAGCCCACAAGUUCAUCAGCAGCAAAGUCAGAUGAUGGUGGCGGACAAAUCCUCCGGCUUCGGUAGAUUCCUCUGCAUGCUCUCCCCCAAGAAAGCGGCGCAGAAAUCGGACAGCCCCACCCACUCCAAUACCUCGACGCCCCGUGGCAGCAACAACAAAUCCGGCGAGCUCGAGCGCGUCUUCCAUUACUUGGACGAGAACGGCGACGGCAAGAUCUCCCCCUCGGAGCUGCGCAACGGCAUGCGCGCCGCGGGCGAGGACAUGUCCGCUGAGGAGGCGGCAGCUGCGGUGGAGCUGUCCGAUUCGGACGGAGAUGGGCAGCUGAGCAUGGACGACUUCCUGAAGCUGGUGGAGGCGGAGGCCGGCGAGGAGGAGAAGGCCCGGAGCCUGCGGGACGCAUUCGCGGCAUACGAGAUGGACGGCCAGGGAUGCAUCACGCCUAAGAGCCUCUGUCGCACGCUCAACCAGCUAGGGCAGAGCGACUGGACGGUUCAGGAUUGUGCCAAGAUGAUCCAGCGCUACGAUCUCAACGGUGACGGCGUCCUCAGCUUCGACGAGUUCCAGACCAUGAUGCGCUUCUGAUUGUUGAGCUAGCCGGCCCCUCACGCGCGCGCGCGCACACACACUCGCCUGUACAAAUGCGCGCUUAUAUAUAUUUCCCGCGGGCAAGGGAUGCACGUACGGGAGCUCGAUCGCUCGCCCGCUAUAAAUUAAUUUGUUUCUUACAUCAGAAAAGAGAGAAACCUGUUCUUUAAUUUAUCGCUCGUUUAUCCGAUUGAAAGUAAGCAACUCAAUGCUGUUAAUUUACAGUUCAUAACACGCCGGUUUGUCCCCGGCCCAUUUUGUAUUGCUUUGGUUAUGUUUAGUUCGAUGGAGUGAGUUACUUGUUGAGAUGCUAAUUAAAGAGUCCGUGUACAGGGAAGUCGUAAUUGUGAUAUAAUUUCCACUUGUGUUCCCAUUUCUCAUGUAGCCUGUUGUAUAUAUAUAUACCAUACUAUGUUCUUUAUUUUUGGGUUCACCCCAAGAUGUAUUAGUCAAAAAUAAUAAGCUUAUGAGAGGUAUAAAUGAAGUUUCCCGAAAA